AUGAGUGAGUUUAAGAUUAAGAGUGGAUUAGCACAAAUGCUAAAGGGAGGUGUCAUCAUGGAUGUGGUGACACCAGAACAGGCCAAGAUUGCAGAAAGAGCUGGUGCUUGUGCCGUGAUGGCACUUGAAAGAAUUCCUGCUGAUAUGAGAAAAUCUGGUCAAGUUUGUCGUAUGUCUGAUCCUAAGAUGAUCAAAGAAAUUAUGGCAAACGUUUCCAUUCCAGUUAUGGCAAAGGUUCGUAUUGGUCACCUCGUUGAAGCUCAAAUUUUGCAAGCACUAGAAGUUGAUUACAUCGAUGAAUCUGAGGUCUUGACUCCAGCUGACUGGGCUCAUCACAUCGCAAAGAAUGAAUUCAAGGUUCCAUUCGUCUGUGGUGCCAAGGAUUUGGGUGAGGCUCUAAGGAGAAUCGAUGAAGGUGCAGCCAUGAUCCGUACUAAAGGUGAGGCUGGUACUGGUGAUGUUUCUGAAGCUGUUAAACAUAUUUCAAAGAUUCGUGGUCAAAUUCAAGAAUUGAAAAAGGAAUUGAAGACUGAAGAACAAUUUGCUCAGGCCGCUAAGGAAAUGCGUGUACCUGUCGAGUUGUUAAAGAGUACCUUGGAAGCUGGUAAACUACCUGUAGUUAACUUUGCUGCCGGUGGUGUCGCUACACCUGCUGAUGCAGCUCUUUUGAUGCAACUAGGUUGUGAAGGUGUGUUUGUUGGUUCUGGUAUUUUCAAAUCUUCAAACCCUGAACGUUUGGCAAGAGCUAUUGUUGAGGCUACUACUCACUACAACGAUCCUUUGAAACUUUUGGAAGUUUCCAGUGAUUUGGGUGAAUUAAUGAGCGGUCAAACUGUGGAUGGUAUUAGGCAACACGGUAAACAAUUAGCUAACAUCGGUUGGUAA